AGCAAGCUUACUGCUCUUGCAGUGCAUCAGGCCUUACUUGAGCACCACACUGAUCCACACAUCAUCAGCAAUCCCUCCCCAGCUAGCAGUUCAUCAUAUGGCUGCUCCUGUUAUUGCUGACCUGCACAAGCCCCGGCCUUACACCCCCAGCCUCUGGGGCCACUUCUUCCUAAACCACAACCCAUGCACUCCAUCACAGUAUUCGGCUAUGAAGGACAUGGCGAGUAUCAAGAAGGAGCGGGUGAGAAAGAUCAUCUUGGCUACUAUAUCUUCUUCUGAUUUACCUACGAAGCUAGAGCUCGUCGACACACUGCAACGGACCGGUGUGGCCUAUCACUUUGGCAAAGAGAUCCAAGAGUUACUAUGUGGCAUGCAAGGUGAUGAACAAGGCUUUGGUGACGACCUCCACAUAACCGCGUCGUGGUUCUACUUGUUGAGGAAGCAUGGGUACCACGUCUCUCCUGAUGUGUUUCUGAAGUUCAGAGAUGACCGAGGAAACUUUGCAAGCAAUGAUGUGAAAUCGUUGUUGGCACUAUACAAUGCGGCAUAUCUUAGGACUCGUGGGGAAGAUGUGUUGGAUGAUGCCAUUGUUUUUGCCAAGAGUCGUUUACAAUGCAUGCUAGAACAUCUAGAACCAUGGUUUGCAGAAGAGGUCCGGUGUACACUCGAGACACCUAGUUUCAGGAGAGUCGAGAGAGUGGAAACUAGGCGGUACAUCCCGGUGUAUGAAAAGAAGACAACACGAGAUGAAGACAUAUUGGAGUUUGCUAAGAUUGACUUCAACAUUUUGCAAACACUCUAUUGCGAGGAGUUGAAAGCUCUUACUAUCUGGUGGAAAGACUUCAAAUCACAAACGGAUCUAAAAUUUGCACGGGAUAGAAUGGUGGAGCUACACUUUUGGAUACUUGGAGUUGUCUAUGAGCCGCAAUAUUCCUAUUCACGUGUAAUGCUCACAAAACUGAUCAUAUUUGUGUCGUUAUUUGACGACUUCUAUGACAACUAUAGCACCACGGAAGAAAGCAACAUCUUCACCACAGCCAUGGAAAGGUGGGGUGGACAAGCCGCGGAGAAUUUACCAGCAAACUUGAAGGCAUUAUACAUCAACAUACUUAACACUACAAACGAUAUCGAGGAAGACUUGAAGCGUCAGAAAAAUAAGAAUGCCGAAUUGGUAAAAGAAUUGGUUAUCCACGUGGCCAAAUGCUAUCACGCCGAGGUGAAAUGGCGUGACGAACACUAUGUACCAACUAGUGUUGAAGAACAUCUACAAAUUUCAGUGCGCAGCAGUGCUUGUAUGCAAAUAACAAGCUUUGUAUUCAUUUCAUUAGGUGAUGUGACUACAAGAGAGAUUCUUGAGUGGGUUUUAACCUAUCCAAAAAUUAUCAGAUCUGUAUGCAUUGUUGGGCGCCUUGGUAAUGACAUGGUGUCACAUGAGCGUGAACAAAUAUCACAACAUGUGGUAUCCACGGUACAAACUUGCAAAAAGGAGCACGGGAUAACGACAAUGGACGCCAAUGAGAAGCUCAAGGUGAUAAUUGAAGAAGCAUGGAUGGACAUAGUCGACGAAUGCCUCCACACAAAACAACCAAUGGCGCUUCUUGAGAAGGCAACCGAUCUUGCCCGGACAAUGGACUUUAUGUACAAGCGUGAAGAUGCGUAUACCCUCCCAAUUAGUCUUAAAGAGACCUUAACUUUACUUUAUGUGAAUUAUGUAUGAACCAUUUUUUAUCGCGGUAAUAUAUGAACCUUUUCUCAAGAAAACAAUAUAUGAGGUGAUGAUC